AUGUCCGAUAGGCUUACACAGUUACAAAUAUGUUUAGAUCAACUUAUUGACCAAUUCACAGCUACGGUCAAUUAUAUAAAUGUACAUGCGCCGCCUGCAUUACUCGAUGAUGAUCCAACAUCUGUCUCCAAUAGAGCAGCAAAGGCACUUCCUCCACAAGGACUACCAGGACAACCGGGACAAGCUGGUCAGCAGCUGCCCCAGGAUCAACAACUGCCGCCUGCGCAGCAACAGGAAAAUGGUAAGGAAAAGGAACAAGACGCAGCACAAGCAAAAAGUCAAGCUGCGACUCAAGUUUCACUGGAGGAUAAUGAAAACGAAUUUAAUACCGCAAUCGAAGAGCUUUCCACAGAUAUCGUACUCAAGAGUCGCCAGAUUUCGAUACUAAUAGAUAGUCUACCCGGUAUUGGAGUAAGCAGCGAGGAUCAAUUGAAACAAAUUGGUGAAUUAUAUAAUGAAUUGAAAGAGGUUGAGCAAAAAAGACUAUUGAAGAUUAAAGAGAAGGACGAGUUGAUAAAAAAUGUCGAUGACCUAAUUGUUGAACUAGCCAGCAACAUGCGGUGA